AUGUUUUUCAAGCCCCUAGAUUUGACUACUGCAUUGCGACCGCUACUGCUGCCAGACGAGACGCUUCUUUUUGUGCAGGAUGCGGUGGGGUUAUAUGAGGGAAAGUACAAAAUCCCCGAUUACCAGAAUGGGCACGCCUACUUGACAUCGCAUCGGGUGUGUUAUGUGUCUGCUGAAGAGUCGCGUAAAUAUUGCGUGGGCAUCGAUCUGAAGGAGGUUGACCGAGCUGAAUACCAGGUGAGGGGUGCGGGCUUCUUUAGAUCAUCGCCAAAGAUCACAAUAUAUCCAAAGCCUCAGAAGACAAAGCUCGAUACUCGAACCAAUAUUGGCGCCACUGUCUCGACCACUGCCCACGCCGGCCAGCUCAGUGUUCAGCCGUCUUCACCUCGACCUGCAUUCACUGGCGAUCAACCAGCUGCCUCGCCAAAACCGAUCAAUGCAACCUGGGUUUGCCCAAUCUGCUCCUUUUCUAAUCCAGUGCCGUCCAAUUUCGACCCGGCCACAGCUACUGGAAACACGCCUUUACCUCCAUGUUUAGCCUGCGGCAUCAAGCCCCCUCUGGCUACCGUGCUCAAAGCAGCGAUCAAUGCCGCCUCAAACCGAGAGUCUUCCUUGCCAACUGCCGAACCCCCUGAAACGGGGAGGGUUUCUGUACCAGACAAGAAUGGUGUAUCUAGCCUGUCGACCGCUGCAAAACCAGUGCCAUGUCCUCGAUGCACAUUUAUGAAUCAUCCUUCGCUUGUUGAAUGUGAGAUCUGCGGGGCCUCCUUGGGAGCCUCGGCGGCUUUUCCUCAGCUCCAUGGUACAAGCCGCACAGAUUCGCCUGCUCCAUUCUUUGCGCAAUCUCGCAUCGUGAACUCUGAAGUGACUGACAGCAUUAAACUGUCAUUCCGCAAUGGGGGAGACAAGACCUUUCAUGAUAGACUCAAAGGUGCUCUCGUACAGAGAAAAUGGCUUUUACAGAAUGCGCCACCCGUGCCAGCGCCUUCACAACGUACUGAAUCGCCCAACAACCCUGGUGCUGCUGCCGUGGAGAGUCCGCAAUCUCCAGCGCCCCGAAGUACCUUGGUAGGAAUCGCAGGCUUGGAGCAACGAGGGCUUGAAACUCGUAUCAACAAUCAAUUAGUGAUUGGUAACGCGUUUGAAGAUCUGGAGGCGUUGAUGGCUUCUGCAAAACAAAUCGUUGCUUUAGCGGAGAGUCUCGCGCGGGAGUCAGGAAUGAACAGCAACGGCGGAGCUUCAACAGAAACCACUACAGUUCUCUCCGAGUCUGUCGCCGCUCUGGGCAUGGUCACCACGAAGGACAUGCUGAGUUCCGGGUCCGAAAGUCUUUAUCUUUCAGAAUUGUCCCGUGACCUGGCUGAGUACUUGACCGACGAUCGUAAAGGAAUCCUCCAGCGUGAAGGGGGCAUUAUGAGUCUGAUCGAUCUUUGGGCGGUCUUCAAUCGAUCUCGAAACGGAGUUGAACUCAUCAGCCCAUCUGACUUCCAGCGAGCGGCCGAGCUCUGGGAAAAGCUCAAGCUUCCUAUCCGACUGCGGCGCUUCAAAAGUGGUCUUCUCGUGGUGCAGCGUUACGACUGGAGUGACGAGAAGACUAUCCGCCAAUUUCAAGACUGGAUGGAGGAAUUACGUCGCGUGCCGCCCGACGAAUCCGUACCUUGGGACUGGUCAUUAUUUGGUCGGGCUAUUACGGCACAGGAGGCGGCUCAAAGGUUCAAAUGGAGUGUGGGUGUGGCUGCCGAAGAGCUUGAAAUGGCCGAGGAUCGCGGAAUCCUUUGUCGGGAAGAAGGUAUCGAGGGAUUGAGGUUUUGGAGCAAUCACCUUGUUUCAUAG